CCGGCCGUGCCGAGAUGCAAGGCCGGCGGGAGCCGGGGGCAGAGGCAGUGAGCUCGCUCGCGGGGGCGCCCGGGGCGGCCUCCCUCCGCCUGGCAGCCGUGGGACGCAGUGGCGACGGUGUGGAAGGGACCCGAGCCUGCCGCCCCGCCUCCCUGCCUGAGGAGAAAGCCGGCUGCAGGCCAGGAGCGGGCCCGCCCGCCCGCGGCGCCGGCUGCCCCGACCCGGGGGAGCUCAGCGGCGGGUGGGGGGAGUUCGAAGGCUUCCAGGAAUCUGCAGCCAGAGCCCAGCAAUUCGCUCUGGCCCUUGAACUCCUGGCGAGACCCACAGAACCUCAGCCACCGAGAACCCCUUCCAGUUCUCACCAGCUGCACCGGGGUGGACCCUGGGCGGCAGGAAGUGCUGCCCGCCCAUCUGCAGAGCCCAUUCUCAGUUAUGAGAAUGUUUUUAGGUCUGCUUUUCAAGAAGUCCCAGUGGAGCAGGCAACAGAAGACAUUUCUACCUUAGACCAUUUCUUAGGAAAAAACAGUGAAGAGAAUCCUGGCCUCACAUCUGUGCACAAACUGUGCUGCGAUUCAAGGAGACUCUGGAGAGCUCUUCAGAGCUCCAUCCCCAUGUCUGCCUCCCAGUGCCUGUGGAGGGGCUCCCGCUGCCAGGAGAAUCUCCUCUUCCUCCUCGGCAUAGAUGCUGCUCAGAGUCUUUCUGGAGGCCAGGGUCCCAUUCUAGACGGCUCAGACGUGAGCGAGCCUGAAGACAGGCUGGCGGGCAGCACCUUCCAGCCGCAGCCCUGCAAAGCCCUGAUCCGGACCAAGCUCUCAGGGACAGCAGGACGCAGACGGGGAAGUCUCAUCACCUACAGCUUGUUUCUGAAGAUGCCCCUCGGGGACAAGCAGCACCCCACAGUGCCACAGAAGAUUUUCUCUCCACGCAACUUGAAAGUGGCGUUCUUUAAUAAUGACAUCUGCUAUAACGGAGCACUUUUUAUCUUUAUGGAGCUUUUUACAUUUUCUUACUGGCUUGGUUUGGUACUAGAAAUCAAGAACUGUUUUGUGGAGCUGUUUCCCAAAUUCACACGUCUCCUUGGACCUGUCAUAGUCCACCCAGACUGAUAAGGGUGUGUGGGAGGUAUGCCCUUCGGAGAGCCAGUCCACAAGCAGAGGGGCAGGGCUCUGCGGCGCACUGCACGCUGCAGCCCAGUGCCAGGGAUGGCCCCAGGCCCAGCCCACAGACAUGCUGAGGCCACCAGGAUUGCUGCCUGAGCACACCCAGGUGGAGCCCCUGGGUGCGCCGCUGCCCGGAGUCAGUGAGCCCCCCAUACCUGGCCCCGGUCCCAGGGCUUGUGAGGACAGGCCUUCCUCUGCAUGGACAGGUAGACGGAGGCUGUACAAGGAUGGCCUGGGCAGCAUCUGGUGGAGGUGGCUCUCCAGGGUCAUCUGCCAAGGCCACUUUCUCCAGGCAGCCGAGUUUUACAGACUGUUAUGAAAUAAAAAGGCCUGGAUAAUAA